AUGGACUGUCACCAACACGAACUGUCACCAUCACGGUCACUAUCACAGACGGUCACCAUCACGGACUGUCACCAUCACGGACGGUCACCAUCACUGACGGUCACCAUCACAGACGGUCACCAUCACAGACAGUCACCAUCACAGACGUUAACCAUCACAUUCACCAUCACGGACUAUCACCAUCACAGACGGUCACCAUCACGGACAGUCACCAUCACGGACGGUCACCAUCACGAACUGUCACCAUCACGGACUCUCACUACCACGAACGGACACCAUCACGGUCACCAUCACGGACUGUCACCAUCACGGACGGUCACCAUCACGGACUGUCACCAUCGAGGACGGUCACCAUCACGGACGGUCAUCAUCACGGACGGACACUAUCACGAACGGUCGCAAUCACGGACGGUCACCAUCAUGGACUGUCAUAAUUAUGGACUUUCAUCAUCAUGGACUGUCGACAUCACGGACUGUCACCAUCAUGGACUGUCACUAUCACGGACGGACACUAACACGGACGGUCACCAUCACGAACUGUCACCAUCACGGACUGUCACUAUCACGGACGGACACUAA